AUGGCAGAGCAGCCAACGGUCCGAUAUCACAGUUACAAAAUCAACAUAGCGAACAGCAUCCAAAAUGAUGAAUUUUUACUCCGCAUUGGCAAUUCUUUUGGUGCUAACGACGCUGGCCAAUGGACAAGGAUAUUUACCUCUAGGAAAACUAAGGAAGAGUCCACCGGAGGCGAUGAAUGGGCAGAGCAAUGACGUUUACGAAGAGAUGGACCGAUCGAGAAAAGUUUCACAGCUUCCCGGCGGAAUGGCAAUCCUCUACGCUUCGGCUCCCAUUUUCUCGCCGACCAGCAAAGAUCCCGAAGGCAAAGACGAAGUUUAUCAGAUUCUACCCGAAGCUGAAGCUGUCCAGCAAGGCGUCAAUAGUCGCCGUUUGCUGGAAGACGCUUUGAUCGAGAUGGGAUUCCCGCUGGAAGAGCUUACCGAAUUCAAAAACGGCCGCGUCAGGAAAAUCUAUUCGAAAAACGCCAACGGCCAGAAUAAAGAAGAUGAAAGUAGUCUCACCACAUCAGGUGCAUCAACCGACGAUGCCGAAGCUAUUCUAGCGGCCCUAGCUGGACCUUUGCCCUACAUCCGUCGCGGCGCUUGGGGUAAAAAAUGAAAACAGGUUGAGCACGAAACACAACAAUUGUACAGUUACUCUCGCAACA